CCGAGAUUGAACUAACCACAAAAGCCUGCGCUCUACAUUAUUAUAUAUCGACAAACUGAUCCAGACGGAGGUUACUAAGCCCAAUCCAAUAGAGCUCCGUCUUUCUUUCACAUACAACGCUUAGGCACUCCGCAGCAACUCAACCACGGCGUUACUAUUUUAUAAAACCUCCUCAUGAAUAUAGCAAACGAUGGAUACUACACCACCGAUUACCUCCGCAACAACCCUGCGGCAAGGGAUGAUUUGGCCAAGAAGCAACAAUUGAAGUUUCUUCAGCAAUACUACGACCAGCAGCGUGAGUUGCACGACCUAAAGCGAGCGAUGGCCAUGAAGGAACAGGUUCUGUCAAUGCCUUCCCCCUCUGAAUGCACUUCAACAGAUAGCGUUCGUACUCCGGUCAACAAGUUAAAAGAGAAGCCAAAAGAGAAGCCAAAAGAGAAGCCAAAAGAGAUGUUAAAAGAGAAAUCAAAAGAGAAAUCAAAAGAGAAAUCAAAAGAAAAAUCAAAAGAGAAGUCAAAAGAAAAGUCACCCGCAAAAAACAAGGAGAGGAAUCCCGGCCUAGUGUUGAAGAAUGAUCCUGGAACGAUAUCCACAAAAUCAAGGCAGCUUCUUUCAGCCGGCAGUGACCUGGAAAUACAAUUGAAGAACCCCGGCAGGCAACUGAAAACCUUCAAACCAGACCGCGAACUAUCUGUGGGUUCCAAAACUAGUCCUAAUUUGGUGACAGCCAGGAACUCUCCCACGUCCAAGGUCACCUCACCUACUCGCAAGAGACGCUUCUUUUCGGCCCACAGUUCUGAAGACAGCUUCCAGGCGUUCGAAGUCCCUGACUCCCCAUACGACAGAGGCACAGAAGACAACCCCGAUUACUUGGAAUUGGAAAUGCUCCCCAUUGAGUUAAAGUAUCUUGGUGGACAAAAGUUACCCCAUAGUGAGGCUUCUACCCCCGGCCUAGGCCCUGCUCACGGAUAUAUACCCCUGAAUGAUGCUGUCUUGAACAUGGUGUUUGAAGAAAUUCCUUCCCACAGGAAGAAAGAAAAGAAGAAGGAACAGGAGACAGAGGGGAAAUCUAAGCGUGGGGCUUUCAAAAUGAAAUUGUUUGGAAAGCGCAAGGGGGACAAAGAAAAGCCACAAACGGUUAUGAAAAUCACCAACAUGGAAGAGUUACCGGAAAUCGAGGAGAAACAUGGAAUUGAUGCUGUGUUUGAAGACGGAAGUGAUAGCGAGGAGGACUUUGGAAGGUCCUUGCUCCUGGUGAGACCGAGGGAAAUUCACCAGGAAGUGGCACAGUACGGAGCCAAACCUAGGAGGGUGGAACUCUCUAAACAAACCCAAAAGCGAAUCAAGCAGUCCCCUACAGCGUAUGGCCCUAACCGAAACUUCAAUCCAAUCUGGGAGUAUAUCCUUUCAUGGAUUGUGUACGAUUACAAACCCCCAGGUGCAAGAAACCCCAUGUUUGAAAGCGUCAUUGGGGAGGAAUUGGUCAGGUCAGGUGUAGCAAGGAAAACCUCUGAAUAUUCCGGGCUACAGACUUUGGUAUCGAGAAGCAAAAAGAAAUGGGAAUGGCUCAACCAACCUACUGCUUCUCCUUUCCAUCAGACUUAUAUGCGCCCCCCCUCUGGAAGAUCCAACCACAGCAGAUCUUCUAGUGCCGUUUUUGCGGACGAAGAGCAGUUUUCUAGACUGCGAGUGAGCAGCUAUUCUGGCUCUAUGCUGACUUCGAACAGCUCUGAUGCCCUUCACGCGCUUGUGAUGCUUAUACACAAGCUUUCUCCACCAGGGCUCCGUAAAGCGGUUUUCGACCCCUUGCAGGAGUUUUCCAGCACCCAUGAGUGGGGCAGGUAUGUGGACAUAGCCCAGCUUAUUGCUUUCGUUUGGUUGGGAUACGAGCUCUACGUCGUGAUCCAAAGCUUUUUGACCUGUGUAUUGUCUCCUUUCAAGGGGCAUUGAAGAGAUACGGUGCUUUGAACUUGAAUUUAGUGUUAUUUAUUAUUUAUACAGCUUUCCUUACGU